AUGUCUGUCAUUUUUAAUUGUGGAUUUGCAAGAGUUGCUGUAAAGGAGAGCUUUCGUAAGGUUGGAAGUGCUUCGGUUGAAACUAACCCUAGUGAAAAGUGGAAGAACUAUCUUGCAGCGUUCGAGGGUGACAGUCAGGAAGUCUUUGCGAUCGAACGUUCCACCUACGUCAAGAAAUCCAAAGCAAUUUACAGCUCUUUCCGAAAGAUGAACUCAAAAGCCAGGGCCCAGUACCAAGACACGUUUUCAAUGGCAAACUGGAAAGCUCUUAAUACAGCGCAGAAGAAACAGCACACACUGUCAAAUUGUGGAGGUUGUCAAGUGCACUAUUAUGCCAUCCAUAAUUUUUUCCCUAGUGGAGAAACUUUCAAAACCCGAAAACUUUUAAAAGAGGCCCUUAUUGAAAGUGGGGUGACACAAAGUAAAGUGAAACCAACGCAAAAAGCCAUUAAAACUGCUGUAAAACACAUUUAUUCAAAAGUGAAUGGCCACUUUGAGAAAAUAUUUAAAAUAAGCUUUGCUGAAGCACAAACAAAAGUGAAGGAACUUCAGCUCCAAAAAAAGAAAGACGCAAUUGAGAAAAAGCGGCAGCGUCGAGGGAGAGCACGCCAAGAAAAAAAUAAAAUCCAAUGCUAA